CUUCAGUUUAAGGUAACAUCUGUCUUUAUAAACCGGCAUGUGAAGAAAGACGUCAAGGUAGAAGAUUUUAAAGCAAGAACCUCUACAAACUAGAGAAGUCAUUGUUUUACAUGCUGAACUUCUCUUUAUAAGAUUCUGAAAAAGUAAGUAAUUGUGAAAGGUUCCAAAUUUCAGGGACAUUUUCUCAACUCACACAAACAGGCCCAAAAAAAAAAAAGUUGACAGAAAUAAGAACAGCAUGUCUCUCGAGGUGAAGGAGAAGACCCAGGUGAGGCUGGUGUUCCUCGGGGCAGCCGGGGUCGGCAAAACCGCCCUGAUCCAUCGCUUCCUUCAGGACACCUUUGAGCCCAAACACCGGCGCACGGUGGAGGAGCUGCACAGCAAGGAGUACGAUAUCGGAGGGGUCAAGGUCACGGUGGAGAUCCUGGACACCAGUGGCAGCUAUUCCUUCCCGGCCAUGCGCAAGCUCUCCAUCCAGAACAGUGAUGCCUUCGCCUUGGUGUAUGCUGUGGAUGACCCUGAGUCGCUGGAGGCCGUCAAGGGCCUGCGAGAUGAGAUCCUGGAGGUCAAGGAGGACAAGUUCACGCCGAUCGUGGUGGUGGGGAACAAGGCAGACCGGCAGAAGGAGCGCCAGGUGUCCAGCAAGGACGUGCUGUCCACCGUGGAGCUGGACUGGAACAACAGUUUUGUGGAAGCCUCGGCCAAAGAUAACGCCAACGUGGUGGAGGUGUUCAGGGAGCUCCUGCAGCAGACCAACCUGCCCAGCUGCCUGAGCCCUGCCCUGCGCAGACGCAGGGAGACCUUUCCUAAGGACACCACCUUCCGGCCUCCCAUGAACAAGACCAACAGCUGUAUCCUAUCCUAACGGGAGACGGGGGGAGAAAAUCAAAGUGAUAUGUAGCACAAAGAGACAGGACAGAACAAGUAAGGAUGUGUGUUAUGUUGUGUGACAUCCAAUGCUGCU